AUGUCGCAGCUAAGCCACUUGGGAUUGGCCGGAUUACUUAGAAAAACAGCACAGGUUGCCAGGUCUGAGGAGGAGCUGGUAUGGAAGAACUCUCUGGCGCUGAGCGGACUGGUCGCAAACCUUGAGUCAGCCAGGCCAUGGUUGGUAAGAUUGCCAGAAGUGAUUGGGGGCUGUACUUGA